CAGCCCCGUGCUGCGCCAAUGUCCAUAACAACCCGUGCUGUGGGCUUUGCCACUGCCAUUGCUUAUCAACGCACUUGUACUACAUGGAAUACUGCAGCAAUUGCUGAGAUUGCAACAAUCCAUGUUGUAUAUAGGGUUCACCUUUUGUUAGUGCACCUGAAACUGUAUUUAGCACAACAGAUACAGACCGAAGCUGUUUCCGUGGAAAACGCCCUCCAACAUAUCUUCUUGGCUGAUGAGAUACGGGAAGAAUUGAUCUUGAUCACACAGGUCCCAAACGUUAUGGCGAUGAUACUUGACUGCAUUGGAAAGGUUGAACAGGACGGAUUCAUCUGGCAUGUUGGUUAUCCAACGCGCGAUUUGUGCGAUGAGGAAUACGAUAGUCUCGUAAUUAAUCCAGACACUAUGCGAGAUUUACUGCAUCGCCUUUCAAAUCCAGCAACAUCGGCAGUAAUGCGGCGUGAUUUUAUUAAAUAUAAUUCAAUCCCAGGAGCAAAAUUUGAAGGUGAGCUCUUGGUCAACGCUGAUGAUAUAUGGCCGGUUAGGUAUUCUUCGGGUGAUAUACUCGCGGAUAUCCAUUCUUACAAGAAUUGGAUAACUCGAAAACUCCGGGCAAUCGAUAAUCACAACCCUCCUUGGAAAAUUAAUCAGGCGUCAUGCGACAACAGCGUUUAGCGUUACGACCGAAUCUGGUUCUUAUCUAAGCAUAAAGCAAAUGAUCCCUCUUUCCUCAAUAUUCUCUGCAGAAGCAAGUGCCAUUCUAGAAGCGUUGGCGCUAUGUACUCAUAAAAAGCAAAAAGUGGUCAUAUGCUCAUGUCAGUCAUACGACCGCACAGUGUAACUUUUUUCACUUUUAGGAUGCCAAAAGUCAAAAAAACAAUGUGCUCCAAUCUUCAAAAUUUUUUGAUAUGCUACAGAUAAAUAACCAACUGUUAAGAAAAUGUAUUCAAAGCAAAGCAAACAACCCACAAUCCUCAUGAUAACCGUUAUGUAACUUUGCUGAUUGCAACAAGUGUAAAAAUCGUUUCACAGUCUAAAAAUUUUGAUUAACUUUGUGGCCACGUGGUGGAUUUUUGGAUAACUGGUUUGACUUGAAACUAUUUUAUUUUACAUACUUGGGUAGUUUAUAACAGCAUUGGUAAGUUUCAGCCACGUAGGUAUUUUUUUAAUUUUUUUUUUUUUUUUUUUUAGACAGCCACUAAAAAUUUGGAAAGCUUAGAAAAUUUUUCGUUUUCAAUAGAAUAGAACUUACUUACUUCGCUCGAAUUCGCCUUGAUGAUUAUAUACAUAUACAAAGGGAAUUUAAUAUAGUUUCAGAUAAAAAAAAAAA